UUAUUUUGCUAACUUCACACUGGUGCGCUCUCAAAACAAAUACGUGCGUCGUGGUGCGGUCCAUUGUUUAUAGGCCCAAUCUUAUUCUUGGGAUCUAAUUCUUGUGAGAAUCCAAGUCGAUUCGCUCCCUUGCGCUGUAAAUCAUUCAUAAAAAACUCUUUUUCCACUCCCGCUGAGCGUUCAAUUGAAUCCUCUCGCCACGAUGGAGGUCGACCGUGCCGACGAAAACGUGGCGGUGGAUGAGAACGCGAAGCCGGUGGCCGCCGACGAGGGCGCAGCGGGAGACGCUACGACUUCUAAUAGCGAGCGCUUGAAACGCAAAGGCAAGAAAUACGCCCGCUCGAACAGCAAAGAUGGUGGAGUUGCUAGUACGACUCCUUUACCCAAGUACCGUAGCUGGAAGAAUAGCCGCCGACCACGCAAUGGACACGGCCGGGGCUUGCCGAAAAAAGGUGGCGCCGGAGGCAAGGGUGUCUGGGGCGCUCCAGGUUCAGAGAUGCUGGAGGAGCUGGUGGAAGACGCCAACGACCCCAACUACGACUCCGAGGCCAUCUCCAACGGGGACGUCGAGUUCAAGCAGGUCAUCGUUGAGGCUGACCCUGAAGAAGUCAUGCACAAAUCGGAGCCGGUUAUCCUGGAGUACUUCGAGCAUGGCGACACCAACGCCGCCUGUGAAGACUUCCUGGAGUUUGUCACCGCGAAACGGAGUCACUUGGUGUGCGAGAUGAUAGUUGAGAUCGCGUUGGACCACAAGCCGUCGCAUUGUGAGAUGGCGUCUGUCCUCAUCUCAGAUCUGUACGGGAGGGUGUUUUCAGCGAAAGACAUUGGUUAUGCGUUCGAAAGGCUACUGGACAAGCUUCCGGACUUGGUGCUGGAUACGCCGGACGCCGCUGUCUUGCUGUCAAACUUCAUAGCGCGCUGCGUGGCCGACGACUGCCUACCGCCGCGGUUUGUGCAGUCGCUGGCAGCGGCUGAGCUGAACACGCACGCCAGGCAAGCGAUCCAUAGAGCCGAGACACUGUUAUCCAUGAACCAAGGGCUGGUGCGGUUGGAUAACAUCUGGGGGGUCGGUGGUGGAAUCAGGCCAGUCAAGUCUCUGAUCCGUCAAAUCCAGCUGCUUCUCAAAGAGUACCUGACUUCCGGCGAGCUGGCCGAAGCCGUGCGAUGCGUGAGGGAGCUGGAAGUGCCACACUUCCAUCACGAGCUAGUCUACGAGACCGUCCUACUGGCUGUGGAGUCCAUAAACUCCAGUGUCGAAGAGCAGUUAUGCACGUUCCUUGCUGAGUUGAGGCGCUGCGUCAUAGUCAGUCCCGACCAGAUGGAUCGGGGCUUUCUCCGGGUUCUGGAGGAUAUGUCGGACAUAGUGCUGGACGUGCCGCUGGCGUACAUAAUGCUGGACCGCUUCAUGGAGCGCUGCCAGCGCAAGUUCCGGCUCGGCGACCACGUGCUCAAGCGCGCGCCCACAAGGGGCCGCAAACGCUUCGUGUCCGAAGGCGACGGUGGCGCCAUCAAGGAUCACGCGCUCAAACUGCGCGAGUAAAUUGCGAUGCGAUGCGACGCGACGCACCCACUAGGUAUCUACGUUGACGACAUAACCAGACAGGCCAGACAUAGUUGAACGAUUUUGAAACGUCAAAUGGCAAAGAAAGGUAAUAACCAGCGCCCUUCUGCAAAUAAUGUGUUUCCCAACGAGGCAAAAAUCGGAACCAGCCAUCCGGUAUUGACGGUGGCGCCCCCUGUCAAUGUCACAGAUAGGACAGUUCAGUAUUUUGGAU